UGUUUUCUUUGGGAAGCCUUAAAAAAAUAAAUACCUUUAAGUUAUUGAUGUGACUUUUUUAUGAUAGAAAGAUAACUGCUGAUCAAUAAAAAAAAGAAAGAAACACAAAUCGUAUUUUGCAGAUUCAACUUUCUGAGUGGUAUUCCUGAUUUCCCAGCUGUCAUUGAAGCUCUCACAGCUCCGGGUCUAAACAAGGAGGAACUUUUCGCUCGGAGUUGAAACUGACUGAAAGGGACGUGGGAUGGUGGAAUGGGGAGAUAAAACCACGAGCAGGGGGGUGAAAAGUCUGAAAACUGCGAUGUACGACACUGUCUUUGAUCCCUGAAAAAAAAAGGAAACUAUGGAGAACGAAAGUUCUCUCUUCACCACCGCCGCUGUGGUGUCCGCCCCGGCUCACCAACCCCAGAUCAUGGACAACCCGCUCCAGGCCUAUAUCGUGGGAAUCUUCAUCUCCAUAUGUGGGAAUGUCCUCAUCAGCUUUUCACUCAACAUACAGAAAUACGCUCAUGUCCGUCAGGCUCAGCGUGGCUCCAAGCCGUAUUACACCUCCGCCGUGUGGUGGUGCGGCGUGAUCCUCAUGGGGGUUGGGGAGCUGGGGAACUUUGCGGCCUACGGCUUUGCCCCCGCCUCACUUAUUGCCCCGCUGGGCUGCGUGUCUGUUAUAGCCAGCGCUGUCAUCUCCGUGGUUUUCCUGAAGGAGACCGUCUACACCUCUGAUAUAGUUGGUGGCACGCUGGCGAUAACAGGAACGUACCUCCUGGUUACCUUCGCCCCUCAUACGUCGACCCACAUCACCGCUCAUCUGGUGCAGUACUACUUCAUCAGCUGGCACUUCCUGCUGUACCUUUUUAUUGAGGUCGUCCUGUAUUGCAUCCUGCUCUAUCUGUACAAGAGGAGAAAUGUGAAGCACAUCGUCGUCGUGAUGCUGCUGGUCGCCCUGCUCGCCUCUCUUACAGUCAUCUCAGUGAAAGCGGUGUCAGGAAUGAUCGCAGAGUCCAUACAAGGUCGGCUGCAGCUCAUCUACCCCAUCUUCUACGUCAUGCUUGUUGUCAUGGUGGCCUCCUGCGGAUUCCAGAUCAAAUUUCUCAAUCAAGCCAUGAAGAUGUUUGAUGCCACAGAGGUGGUUCCCAUCAACUUUGUGUUCUUCACUACAAGUGCUAUAGUUGCAGGGAUCAUAUUUUACCAAGAGUUUGAGGGCUUGGCUUUACUGAACAUUUUUAUGUUUAUAUUUGGCUGUCUUCUGUCCUUCCUUGGAGUUUUCCUGAUCGCUCGAAACCGACCGAAGAUAAAACAACAAGACCGCAAUUUCAUCGAAAUGAACAGGAUUCCAGGCAGAACGCGCACGGACAAAGUGCAGCCCGAGGCCAAGACUCAAACAUACGGAUCCCUGGCAGCUAAACUCAUGUGCAACAGCGCUGGCCAAACAGACGAGUCGUAGGACCAGCUCCAUCUGUCGGGACUGCCAUUUUGGCAAUUUUCUUGUCAACAAAAUCUCUAUUUAUAGAAAUGAUGAGCAUCAUCUGAACUUGUGCUGGCGGCUGCGUUUGUUAUGGCAGGCAAGCUCCGAUUCAUUCUUUAAAAUGUUUGAGUAAUGCAGAGGGAACAUGUGGCUUUGAGAAUAAACACCCUCCAAGAAAGA